AUGCACCUCACACCCCUCCCCCCUCUCCACCCCCCCUCCCCCCGCCGCGCCUGGCACUCAACCCCCCACCCCACCCUCCCCCUCCUCAGCACCUCCCUCGGCAAAUCCGCCCAAAUAACCUCUCUCCGCACCUCCACCCCGCACUCCAUCCUCGAAGGCGGACACACCCGCUCCAUCCGCUCCACGGCUUGGAAACCGCAUCUCCGCCCCGGAGAACUCGGUUUGGUGACGGGUAGCUUUGAUGGGACUGCUGGGGUGUGGCGGAGGGACGAGGGGGAUGACGGGGAGAGGGAGGAUGGGGAGGAUUGGGAAUUCAGCGUCGUCCUCGAGGGCCACGAUGCUGAGGUGAAGAAUCUGGCGUUUAGCCCGUCGGGACAGUAUUUGGCGACUUGUUCGAGGGAUAAGAGUAUUUGGAUCUGGGAAGAAGUCGACGGGGCUGAUGAAUGGGAGACGGUCGCGGUGCUGACGGAGCAUGAGGGGGAUGUGAAGUGCGUUGCCUGGGCCCCAAGUGAGGGCGAUGAGGGAGAGUGUUUGGCGAGCGCGAGUUAUGAUGGCACCGUGCGCGUGUGGAGGGAGGAUGGGGAGGGGGAAUGGGGGUGUGUUGGUGUGCUGGAGGGGGGGGGGGAAACGGUUUGGGGUGUUGCUUGGGAGGGUGCUGCACCGGACUCCCAACCAGCCGCCGAGUCUGAGCAGGAAGCAGACGCCGAAGCACCGAAGCCUAAACACCGCCGCCUAAUAACUUGCUCGGCAGACACCACACUGCGCGUCUGGAAGCGUGUCGAAGCUGCUGAGGCGGAGAGUGGCGGCAUCCCAUCGACGAUGCGCGCUGCUGCUCAGGGGGAGAAAUGGGUGAUCGAAGCGACGCUGCCCGCGGCGCAUACAAGGGCUGUGUAUGCGGUUGCGUGGAGUGAGAGGACGGGACGGGUGGUUAGCUGUGGGGGGGAUUCGAGGAUUGUGGUGUAUGGGGAAGUGGAGGGAGGCGCGGACGGUGUGGUGGAGGGUGGGGAUGGGGAGAAGGGGGAGGGGAAGGAGGGGGAGAAGGGGGAGGGGAAGGAGGGGAGAAGGGGGAGGGGAAGAUGGGGAAUGGGAAGUGGAAGAUCCUCGCCACAGCGGAGAUGGGUCAUGGACCGUAUGAGAUUAAUCAUGUUACGUGGUGUCAGCGGUUUGAUGGGAGGGAGGGAGAGAUGGUGGUUUCGAGUGGAGAUGAUGGGGCUGUUAGGGCUUGGGAGGUUAGUGAGUAGGGGGUUGUUGUUAUGAAGGGGUUUGUUGUUAUGAAGGGGGUUGUUGUUGUGCAGGGGGUUGAUGAUGUGUGGAUGGUUGGGUAGAUUGCAUGGAAGGAGUUUCUUGGAUCUGGGGGGGCGUGGGAUAGAUCGUGGAUUUGGUGGUGUAUGGGGGGUGGUAUAUGGAUAUGGGAUGAAUUAUGUGCGUGUGCGUGUCUGUAUAUAUGCUAAGCCUGAUGAUAUGUUCCGCCCUUGGGAUUUGGGGAGCCCAUAGCCAAAUGCUACCCGGUAGAUACGAAAUGGGAAUCGAGUUUGCACAUCUACCCACCAGGCGCCAGGCAACAAACGCUCGUACCAUUUACUCACCUUCCCCUUCCCAUAUUUGAUCUCCUCUCUCGUCUUCGGCAUCUCGCCUCGGCCCUGAACUCGGGAGUAUAAAUCACCACCGCCCACCUCUCCCGCCCUCCUCAGCAUACCACCUCACCUACCGACCAUCUAGACGGCCCAGUAGGCUUGUAGUCAUUGGCCAUGCAUACACGCAAAAGCUUCUGUAUAACAGUACGGCUGGUUCAUGGAUGGGGGAAGAGGAGAGCUGAGGGACGAGAUAGAUAUCAGCGAUGAGCAGAAAGCAGAGGACAGCAUCACACCAGCAAGCGAACGGAUAACGACACGGACAUACCAAAAACCCACUCACUCAUCUCGGGCCGUGGAGGUCUCGGAGAUGUCUGCAAUCGGGGGGGUCUACAGAGAGCGCAGUACACAUGGUGUGUACCUUACAUAACUCCACCUCGUCCUGCACGCUGCACGGCAUCCCCGAAUCCAGCAAUCGUCCAGAAGCCCCCAUAGAAGAAGGCUUUUUUUUCCUUGUUCCGUUUUUGUGGCUUGACCGCGGCUGGGAGCGACCCGGCUGGAUUGCACUGUUGAGAAUAAAAAAUGGAGAAGCGAACUGUAAAAGGACAGGAAGCCGGGGAGGGUGGGGCCGUGUGUGGAUACGGUUUGCGAGAUUUGUUAUGUAUAGAGUACCUUUUGCACGGGCCGCAACGGUGGAGAGGGGGAUUGUGGUGCAAUGGUCCGCAAUGAGUGCGUGCGCCGUGCGUACUACUGCCUGUAGUUUGUAAUUUGUUGGCGUGUACUCCGUAGAGCGGGUUUACUCCGUACCACUGUGCAUUAUCGAUUCCUCGCCUCUAGCAGACAGAUAAAGCCCUAAACCACACACGUGCUCCUCUCCGCAGUGGCGACGCUGGGGACGGCGCGACGGUGUGGGGUUGGCGGCUUGGUAUCGUGUCGAUUCGCUAAUGGGAAGAAGAGGCAAAGGGAGGUUUGGCGGUGUUGGAGAAGUUUGGUACGCCUUGUGUUUCGGGGGAUCUCUUUGUGCCCAGGACGCAUCUGCUACUGUAAAACAGCUCAUUUUACAUGCCUGUAUAUAGUUGGUGUAGAAAAAUCGAUCAAUAUAGUCUA